AUGGAGUGUUUUCCUAAAAUUGAAAAGAUCAUUACAAGUGGUCAUGAGAACAUUUAUGAGGAAAUAUACUCCACUGAUGAGUUUAAAGCUAAACCAUCGGGUGUAAUUGCUUACAUUAUAAGUAAAAAUGCUACACAGAACGAUAUAAAAGCUAUAUCAGAAUUUUUCGAAUAUAUUGUUGAUAAUCAACCAUCGAACAUUGAUACAUUUUUAGUUUUUUGGCUUAGAAUUUCAAAUUCAGAAAAUAUCGAAUCUUUAGUCGAAACAUUAGAAAGAAAAUCAGAAGCACUUUCAAAUUUCCAAAAUUUAUCAGCUUCUACAUUCAUUAGAAUUAUUGAAAAGAUCGAAACAUGUACUUUACCAGCGACCGAUUUCGAAUUUCCAGAUAGUUUAACUUCUAAGCAAUUAAUAGACAAUGAAUCGAAACUGUUAAGAUCUAAACGUUUAUCCCUUCUUGCUGGAAGAAUUUACAUCGUCGCAGCAAGAAUUUUCCCUCCAUUUAAAUUUUCAGGAAAAACAACACUUCAAACAUCAGUUAGUGAAGGUGAUUUACUAUCUGCAAGUAUAAUGAAGAUGGCUACAAAGGAAUUUACUGAAUUUGAAUCAAAGCAAAUUCUUGAUUUCUUAGAAAAGCAACCAAUUCCUCAGAAUCAUAAAACAUUAGUUAGGCUACCACCACGACCUUCCUCGUGUGCAGAAAAUAUAGAUUCAAUGCAUAAUGGCUUAGAUCUUUGUUUAAUUUUAGCUCUUGAAGGAUUAAUACAUUCCCAUGAUGCAGAAGAAUACAAAAAAUACGUACUUCAAUUCUCCCAGGCCAUGGACCUUCCUGGAGAAGAUUUAAUAAAUAUAGUUAACAGAUCAGUCACAAAUAAGGAAGAUUCCCACUUUGAGUUUGGCAAAGAGCUCAGACAAGGCUUAGACAUCAAUGGAGAGUGCAAUUGGGCCGAAAUUCAAGAAGAACAAUUUCUCCCUUCAUUUGUUGUUCCAGAGGACAAACCAUUGGUUGUUGAGAAGCCUCGUGUUGUAACUCCCGAAUCCGCAAUGGAUGAAAUCAUUCAGUUCGCUGGAGAAGACAAAUCAACUUGGUUUGUCGGUGAUGAACUGAAAGAGUGGAGAGCAGCUCGUCUAUGCGUAGCACAUUUUAUGGAUAAGCUUAAUCCUGAUUCAUUUGAAAUGCUUGAAUAA